GUCGACUUAUGGCCCACGCUACACGUGACCAUGUACUUCGGGUUUCAAAUGAAGCAGAUUUUAUUCUGAACCGUCUUCGAGCUGAAGACGUGAGCAAGCACGCGCACUUUGAGAGCGAAACGGCUGCCAAUUUGGAACAGCGUUGUGUUGAAGAGACGCGAUGGGCUCAAACGAUUCGAAAUGGACGACGUAGAGACAGUCGUCUCGCCGCUAAACUUCUAGGAAGUAUGAUGACUGUAUUACGAAACCCAAGUGGGGUCUGGAGUUCCGAAGAUGCAACAGCUCAAAUCUUCUGGCGUUUGGAUGUUUGGGAAGAUGAUAGUCGCCGACGUCGUCGAUUUGUUCCAAAUGUUUACGGAUCAAAACAUGAAGGGGCAAGGGUCAUUACUAUUAGUGCUGAGGAUUCUGAGUUGAACGAGGAGGAGAAACUGAGAGCAUUAGCGACCAGAGUUUCUGUAGGCAAUGUGGCCAUGUGUAGCUCUUCGGGUUUUCUGAAUGCAAAGAUUUAUUCUUUACUUAACAAUGCGAUGAAAUAUCAAAUUCCCCAGCAAGUCACCAACUACACCACUACCGCGAAGCUGAUCGCACCGGGUGUGGUAGUACCAGGAACACUAUCAAUAACUGCUACUGACCUGUUCUUCGACGCUGACGAAGAGCAUCCACUUUAUAAGAAACAAGACCCGAAGUACAAUAAAAUUGCCCCGAUACCUGGACAACAACUACGAGUGUUACUCUCCAUUGAAAAGGAGACAAAUUUUAGGACAACCGUAGUAGUGCUAGCGUUAAGAAUUGCGAAACGAGAUAUGGUCUAA